GAGACCACUUGACUGCAUUGUGAGAUAUCUCGGACAUCUUUAUUCAUCGACAUGACUUCUAGAGAAUCUAGAGUCCGGACACUCUGGACUUUUUACUUUUGGCUGGACGAUUGAAUCCGAUACUUGAUGUUUAGCAAUCGUGGUAUUUAUUUUUCAUAAUUUACCUCGAUGAAAAUAUGCUAACCUUAAUAUCCGAUUUCACAAAUAAAGACAACUAGAAAUGCCUCGAUCCAGAGUUUCCGAUCUACUUGGUGUAUUCAAAGGAGCACAAAGUGUUACAAAUGCUCUGAUAAAUUAUCAGAAGGAUGCAAUCAGAUACAGAAUCACACACUCUAGUUUAAAAGAUUUACCUAAAAAAUGUGUACAAGCUGCAGGAAAGAAAUUGAAUAACGCAGAGCCAAGUAAGGUUCCUGGACAGAUAAUGAAAGACUUGAAAGACGUAACUGAACGUAUAAGCGUAGUUGAGGAAGGUAUUAAACAAUAUAUUAAGGUAGCGGCUAGUCAAACUUUGGAUAUACAAAAUAAUGAUUAUAUUCCCAAGAAAGAAACAAAACUAUAUGUAUAUAAUACUGCGAAAGACCCAAAAGAAUUGCCUAUUGACAAAGAUGUUAGACUAUCAAAACGUAAUACUAAUAAAUUUAUAACCCAAAAAUCUUUAGUGGGAAAAAGCAUGCAACAUAGCACAACAAAAAAGUAUUUAAGUGUAAAGGAAAAAAUUAAGACAAUUACUAAUUCAGACAAUGAAAUACCCGACAUAGAAUUCUCUGAUAAAGAUAAAGAAAUCUUGAGAAAAUUGGAAUUGGAACAUGAGAAGAAUAUUAAAAACAGGAUUGCAAGUCCUGCUCAUUCUUCUAUAAUUAAAGUACAUGAGAAGGAACAUGCAAAUGAUAUACAAAUGAAUUCCAAAGAAAGGCCAAAAGCUAAAAUAUCAGUUAGACCGAAUCAAUGUCUAUCACCUACUGCAAAAGAAAGAAAAGUUCCUUCUACAAGAUUACAAAGAAUGAUAAGUUUUGGUACCUUAGGUAUUGGUCUUGGUCUUGGUACUGUUGCAGAAUAUACACGUAGAACAUUAGGGUUAAAGGAGCAGAGUAUUGGGGAUACAGUCGACAGUACGUUUCUUACUAAAGCUAAUGCAGAAAGAAUAGUUUCAACAUUAUGCAAAGUAAGAGGUGCAGCUUUAAAAAUUGGUCAAAUAUUAAGCAUCCAAGAUAAUACUAUUAUAAGUCCUGAAUUGCAAAAGGUCUUUGAACGAGUCAGACAAAGCGCUGAUUUUAUGCCAACGUCGCAAGUAGAGAAAGUGUUAGUUCACGAACUUGGACACAAUUGGAGAAAUAAAUUUAUGUUCUUUGAGGAAAAACCAUUUGCCGCAGCAUCUAUUGGACAAGUGCAUCACGGUACAUUAUUGAAUAAGCAAGAUGUAGCGAUAAAAAUUCAGUAUCCUGGUGUUGCUAUGGGUAUUCAGAGUGAUAUUGAAAAUUUAGUAGGCAUAAUGAAGGUAUGGAAUAUGUUUCCAGAAGGGAUGUUUAUAGAUAAUGUUGUGGAAGUUGCGAAACGUGAACUAGCAUGGGAAGUGGAUUAUAUAAGGGAAGCAGAGUGUACAAAAAAAUAUAGGGAGUUAGUAAUGCCUUAUCCAGAUUAUUAUGUGCCUGCUGUAAUAGAUGAUCUCUCUACAAAGCAAGUAUUCACAACAGAGAUGAUAGAAGGUAUACCCGUUGAUAAAUGUGUAGAUAUGAAUAUUAAAAUUAAAGAACGUAUAAGUGAACUUGUCAUGCGUCUGAGCCUAAAGGAAUUAUUCGAAUUUCGAUAUAUGCAGACUGAUCCGAAUUGGUCCAACUUUUUUUACAAUCUCGAUACAAAACAGCUAAUUUUAUUAGAUUUUGGGGCAUGUAGGACUUAUGAAAAAGCGUUUAUGGAUAAAUAUAUAGAAGUAAUUAAUGCUGCCAGCGAAGGAAAUCGUAAUAAGGUCCUGCAAUUAUCUCAAGAGAUGAAAUUUCUUACGGGAUAUGAGUCUGAGAUUAUGAAAAAUGCUCAUGUAGAUGCAGUCAUGAUUCUUGGACAAGUGUUCGACAAUAAUCGUGAAUAUUACGAUUUUGGCGGUCAAGAUGUAACAAAACGGAUUCAAACCUUAGUGCCAACUAUAAUAAAUCAUAGAUUAUGCCCACCACCCGAGGAGAUAUAUAGUUUGCACAGAAAAUUGUCUGGAAUAUUUUUGCUGUGCGCUAAAUUUGGAGUUAAAAUCAAAUGUCGCGACAUAUUCCGUGAGAUUUAUGCCAAUUAUAAAUUGGGUUGAUAUCUACAUAUUGAUAUUGGUAAAAUAUAUAUUUUGAUAAAAUGCAUAAUUUAUUUUGCGAAAAUGUAUAUUUUCUAAUAAAGGAUACAGUCAAGUUAAUGCUACAAACGUUUUGGAGCAUCUUGAUUGGUCGAUUUGUAAAAAA